CAAUUUGGCUGUGAAACAACGAAGAACGUUCUUCCAAACGAGCGAGCGAGAAGAAUUCGAUAAGAGUGCAAUUUAAAGCGUGGAAAGCGGAAGAAAGGAAGUGCGAAGUGCGUUCUUCCGAAGAGUGCAAUUAAAAGUUCGUUUUGUUUUGUUUUUCGUCAAUCAAUUGUGAUUUUGAAACUGUGUGAUCGCAAAAGAAAAUCUGCAAAUUAGCAAAAAAGAAAGUUCCUUAAGCAAGUGAUAAACCCGUUAGAAACUCUAUACACGGAAAGUGAAAAGGGAGCGCCCGGAAAUAUAUAAACACUAUAUGCCUAAAACACACACAUCCACAAUAUAAACGUUCUAUAAUCCGCGUAUAUCAAACAACAUAUAAAUAUCCAAAGCCUUGAUUGUUAUAUAUUAAGGAAAGCAAAGGAAACCAAUAUAUAUAUACCAUUAAACUCGGAAAGAACAGCAUGCAAAUAUGAUUCCCGAAGUGCCAACGUCCAGAAUCCUGCUAGUCCUGGCAAACUUAAUCGCCGUGCUGGUGCUGAUCAGCAGUUGGGUGCCCCAGGUGGCAAGUAGUCCACUUGCACCGGUGGACUACGAACAAAGACGAGUGAUGUGCUCCACCAAUCUCAGUGAAUUCAUACAGGGCAUAUGCGAAUCUGGAACGGUGUCUUACGGCGAUCGCUUUCCCAACAGUUUUGGGAAACGCAGGAAGCGAGAUGUGCAGUAUGUCGCCGAUCAGUGCUGCAAGCCGGGGGGAUGCACCUACACGGAGCUAUUAAAGUACUGCAAAGAAUGAUAUAUUCCCGAAUUGGGGUUGAGUUGAUCAACCGCCACUCCACAACACUCCACUACACUGAACUUCACUCCGCACUCUAUGCCUUGCACCUUACACACCCAACACACCAAACACACCCCACACCAUCCCACACACUCCAUCGUUCUUAAGCCUUAAGAUAAAACGAGCAAACAGCAGCCUCCCUUAGAGUACACUAAGUAUAUUUUACUAAUUUAAACUAUACACUAACUCAAUUUUGUACAAUAAAAAAAUUCAAAUGAA